GGAGCUAUUUCACCAAAUCCAAUAAUUUCAUUAAAUUGCCUAUUAUCAGAUCAACUUUUUAAUAACCCAAUGGAUUCUGAUAUUGCGCGUAAGACUUUCGAGUUUUCUAAUAAUAUAGUAACGGUAGAUCCGUCCCAGGAUCUUAUUUAUCGAUAUGACACUGAAGAGCAAUCACAAAUAAAUCAGGAUAAACCAUGGACGAAAGAUGUUCAUUAUUUCACCAAAGUUAAAAUUUCCGCAGUUGCUCUUAUAAAAAUGGUUAUGCACGCCCGUUCUGGUGGAAGCAUUGAAGUAAUGGGCCUUAUGCAAGGAAAAAUCGAUGGUAACACUAUGAUUAUUAUGGAUGCAUUUGCUUUACCG